UCUCAUUGGUCACUGGUGUGGAGGUGUUCUCAUUGCUCCACAGUGGAUUCUCACAGCAGCUCAUUGCAUUCACAAGACUGUUACUGAAACAACACAGCAGGCUCCAAGAGCAUAUCCUUUGGGUUUAAAUACAGUGUUGGCUACAUCACAUCAGCUAUGGAGAUGGAGACAAUCUCUAAAACAUUGGAUGCUAACUCCAUCGUCACAUGUGAUAUCUUCAACCUCCCAGUUGCCAUUUUGUGGACUGCUGUUCUUGGGGAGUGGGAUCGAGAGGUCGAAGAGAACACAGAACUUAGAGUUCCAAUUGAGAAAGUGUUUGUGCAUGAGCGUUUCCACAACUUCCAGCAUGAUAUAGCACUCCUGAAGCUCUCUCAGACUACGAGGCCUGUGGGCAAUCAGUUGCAGUCAAUAUGUCUGCCUGAACAAGCUACCACUCUUCCAUCUUCUUCUGCUUCCUGCAUAGCCACUGGGUGGGGACAUGCGAGUCGUGCUGGCCCACUCACAGCAAGGCUUCUGGAAGCCAGGAUCCCUCUACAUGAGAAUUCAGUAUGUCGGUCAAAAUAUGGCAACUCUGUGCCCAUUCGAGCAGGACAUCUGUGUGCAGGGCACCUAGAUGGCUCAACAGGCACAUGUGUGGGUGAUUCAGGUGGACCACUGCAGUGUAGUAUGAUAGAUGGACGAUGGUAUCUUGCAGGCAUCACUUCAUUUGGUUCCGGCUGUGCCAAACCUGGUUAUCCUGAUGUAUACACACGUCUUUCAUUUUAUCUACCAUGGAUCAAAGAUAAACUGAAGCAACAGUGAGAUGUAAGGCUGACCUUCAUUUUAUUAAAAGUUUUAGGAAUUACAGAAGGAAAAAUAAAACUUCUGUUAUGUGGACCCUUCAUUGUGUGAUAUUAAAGACAAACUUGAAAAUUGUGUGUACGUUAUUAAAUGUAAUAUUUACAUAGUUGAACUCCUACGGGUAAUAAUGAAGUGAUAAUGAGCUUGUUGGGCUAGAAGUCCUGAAGAUUUUGAGGACAUUCUACAAAGUGUCCCUGAUAAAAACAGUGAAGUGGCGUUCACCACUGGAUGUCAUCACAUUCACAGCUUUAUCCCCUUGGUGUCUUCUUUUCUGAACACAGUACUGAGCCAGAGAGCUAUAUGUAAGAUGGGUGAAAUGAUUCUCAGUGUCUGUGAAUGGCUCUUUCAGGGGUAUUAGCUAAGAGUUUCUAAAAAAAACACCAAGGCUUUGAUCAAUGCUAACAUUUAUGCGAGAUAUUCUCAACUACGUCAUCAAUUUCAGUUUGAAGUGGAAGUCUGCAUCAGUGAUUUAUACAUACUUUCCUGCUAGAGUGAGCUGCAGUCAGCAUUAGGCUGCAAGGGUCCUUAGUGCUGUCAUGCAUCUUCAGUUUCUUCUCAGUAACCUCCUGGAAAGUGCUGAAGAAUUAGCUUCAUCAAUCAGACUGGACUACCACUAACACUAUAGACUUGUGUUUGGGCCAUUAGAUGGUAUAUACUUGUAGUGUAGAUACAAAAAUCAUCUUAAAAUAUUCCACAAAAUUAGCAUUGUUAGUAAAAUCUCUAUCACUGAAAUUAUGUAAUUGUAUUCCGUGCUCCUCUGUUAGAAGAAAAGUUAUAUCAGUCCUGAGUCACAAAUAAAAUCAUCAGUAUGUU